CGGCGCUGCCGCCGCCUCCCCCCCAUGCGGGUGUCCCGAGUGGGCGGCAGCCGCCGGCCCCCCCCGCCCCGGCAUGGCCCGGCUCUCCGUCAAGGAGCACCUGGACGGGAUCCUCAACGACUUCGAAGCACUCAAGAAGUCGUUUGACGUGGAGGAUGGGGACGAGGCGCCCAGCUCCCCACCGGUCUCCCCGCUGCCCUCGGGCACCAGUGAACGCCACCGGCCGCUGCAGCCUGGCCACCCGCCCCGCUCGGGCACCGCCACCGGCCCCAGCCCGGUUCCCAGCCCCGUGCUGCGCAGCCGGCUCAGCACCAGCCUCUCUGCCAGCCGAGCCAACGGCACCGGCAUUGCCCGCGUAGCCUCCUUCCAGACCCGCCGGGGCUUCACCACAGGGCCGGGCAGCGACGGCGAGAGCCUCCGCAGCUCAUCCUCCAGCCCGGAGAGCCCUGCGCUCCCCCAGCCGCUGGGCACCCCCCUGGCUGCCGGCCCUGGCCUGAAGAAGGUCCCGUCCCACGGCAGCGUCUUCCCGGCAGAGCUGGAGCAUCCUCUCCGAGGGGUCGCAGCCAGCCACGGCUCGCUGCCGGCGCUGGACCUGCACAUUGCCGAGGAGCCAGGGAUGGGGACCCCUCCGCCGGACCCCCCGCCGUGGGACACCCGGAGCCCUGCAACCCAGCCCCAUGCCCGCCAGCCUUCCUCCUCCUCCUCCUCCUCCCUGGCCCCGUGCGGUGGCACCGAGGCGGCCCCGGGGCUGCCCGCGCUCCCCGAGGGGCCGGGGGGGCGGCUGCCAGGGGGGUGGGACAUGGCCCCCCAUGCGCUGCCCCGGCCCCAGCUGAAGGUCAGCCUGGGGGCCAGCCCCGGCCCGGCCUGCCAGCCCCCACCGCUCCCCCAGGGCCAAGGGGGGGCAGCCCCGGCCCCCGCCACCCCCUGCCUGGGGAGGGCUGAGCGGCUGCCGCUGCCACCGGCCUCCCAGCCCACCCCGUUCAAGCUGGUGUCCCAGCCGCAGACGGUGCAAGUGAGCUCCCAGCCCACCUUCCUCGGGGGGCUGGUGCUGGUGCCGGCCCUGGGGACCCCGGCAAUGCCCGGUGGAGCCGGGGCGAACCCCCUCAGCGCUGGGCUGGCGGGGCCGAGGGGACCCUGCGUGGCGGCAGCGGCGGCUCCCAGCGAGGCUGCGGUGACGCCGGAGCAAGGGAGCAGCCUGGAGCCCGAGGAGCACAGCAUGGAGCCGCCGGCCGUGCCGGAGGAGGAGACACCCCUCACCGCGGCAUCCGGCCCUGCGGGUUGCCAGCUCUUCGGUUACGUGGGAAUCGAAGCCGUACUCGACCAGAUGAAAAUCAAAACCAUGAAGACGGGCUUCGAGUUCAACAUCAUGGUUGUGGGGCAGAGCGGGCUGGGGAAGUCAACGAUGGUGAACACCCUCUUCAAGUCCAAGGUGAGCCGCAAAGCCUCGCAGCCCGGCCAGGAGGAACGCAUCCCCAAGACGGUGCAGCUGCAGUCUGUCACCCAUGUCAUUGAGGAGAAGGGUGUGAAGAUGAAGCUGACGGUGACGGACACGCCAGGUUUUGGGGACCAGAUCAACAAUGAGAACUGCUGGGACCCCAUCAUCAAAUAUAUCAACGAGCAGUACGAGAGGUACCUACGCGAGGAGAUCCUCAUCACCCGCAAGAGGAAGAUCCCGGACACCCGGGUCCACGGAUGCGUCUACUUUGUCCCCCCCACGGGUCACUGGCUGCGCCCACUGGACCUGGAGUUCAUGCGGCGGCUCAGUAAGAUCGUCAACGUGGUGCCGGUGAUCGCCAAAGCCGACACACUCACCUUGGAGGAACGGGCAGAGUUCAAGCAACGGAUCCAGGAGGACCUGAAGACCCACGCCAUCAGCGUGUACCCGCAGGAGGACUUCGACCAGGACCCAGAUGACAGGGCGCUGAACGACAGGAUUCGGGAGAAGAUCCCCUUCGCCGUGGUGGGGGCGGACCAGGAGCACCAGGUGAACGGCAAGCGGGUGCUGGGCCGCAAGACCAAGUGGGGCAUCAUUGAAGUGGAGAAUCCGGCACACUGCGAGUUCCCCCUCCUGCGGGACCUGCUGAUCCGGUCCCACCUGCAGGACCUGAAGGACAUCACCCACAACGUCCAUUACGAGAGCUACCGCGUGCGGCGGCUGAACGAGAGCAACCGGCCGGCGCUGAGCCUCCUCAAUGGGCCACCCGGCAAGGGCGAGGGCGGCAACGACCUCUGAGCCGCCGUGUACCCCCCCGCCCCCCCCCCCGCAGCCACUGCUGGACCCCCGUGGCAGUGCCCGUCCCCUGCCCAGCGGUGGCUGUGCCCAGACCCUGCCUGGGGCGAGGAGCCCUCGCUGGUUUGGGGUGAGGAGCCCCCCCGGGAGUGCCGGGCUGCCCGGGGUUGGGCCCCCAGGUCCCUCGUACCCAGGCUCCGCCACCGGCACAGACCCCCUGGACUCCGCGCGACAUUAAAGGUCAACCCAGAGCCUUCA